AUGUUUGGCAGAUCCAGGUCGUCCUCGUCCUCGGCUUCGGCUUCGGCUUCGAGCGGGCGCGAGGGACCCCCUCCUGACUACCACGCCAUCCGAUUCACGAUAUCAUUGCCUUGUAGCAGCAUCAAGAACAGCGCAGACAAGUCAUCCGAACAACGGGACCAAGACAGAGAAGAAAGGAGAGGGCGACAACAACAACAACAACAACGACGACGACAACGACAACAACGACGAAACAACAGCCAAAGCCUGAACCUUUGCUUCCACGGCGACUGGGUCCCCACGAGAGGCACCCUCGAACUGCACUUCGACUCCGAGGGCAUCCAGACGUCUCUCGCAGGCCAGGACCCGCCAGUACACGAGGAAGACGCUCGAGUGCUGACGCUCGAGUGCAACCGAGUCUUCAUUAGCGUGGGCCUCUACUUUGCCGCCAUUACCUUGAUCAACGUCGCCGUCGAGACGUACAUAUACUACAACCGGUCGGCGUUGCGGUCGCGGUCGAUGGAGCCGAGAUGGAGGAACAUGCCGCUCUUAACGGAGCUGGGCCGCGUUGCGCUCCUAUACGGCAAUGCAGCACCAUCGCUUGUCGACCUGGCUGAAUCUGCUGCCCCAUUGUUGCUCUCUGAUAUAAGGGAGAACAUACUGCCGCUAUGCCGUCACGCUGCUGCUCUCAAGCACAUCAUUGAGGCUGUAUGCGGCGAGUACAACGCCAUUCUGACCGACGCCGUUGGGUCCCUUGCCGCCCUGCAGAUCCAGGCGUCUUCAUGGAUCGUGGCCGGCGCCAUAGAUGGGAUGCGAGUGAAGGGGCUGCUCUCCUGCUGA